GACGAUCGAUCAAUACAGUAAUAUUCCGGGAAAUCGGGUGUCAAACCGCGGGGAUUUCAAAACAUUUCACCAAGUGUUGUAAGCUGGCUCAGCUGAGAAUGGCUUACUUUCGCAAACUUUUUGUUGUGCUUUCUUCAUUCGGGCUCCCCGUGAUACCUUCUGAGUGAUCUCGAGCGUGCAAAAUAAGUGACAGAGGAAGUCGCCUUACGAGGAGAGGAGUUUCUGAUUCCACAGAGGAAUACACACACAGUGCGGGAUUUGCAAGUGAUCACUUACAUCGGUGACGCGUAACUAACGGUGCCCAAAAGGCAGUGAGUGCAUUACAAUUGCUUCCACCUGCAUUCUCGAUGGAACAAGCUUUCGGUGUGAGAAAUAGUGUACCAGCUGUGCCGGGAUUUCAUCAGUUGAGUGAUGCUGCCAUAAUGGAGGGCAUGCUGCAGGCGCGACACGAUCACGCCAAACAGCAAGAUAAGGAUUAUUCGCAUUUAUUUAGACGCAAGACCCGUUGGGAGAUGAUCCGACUGUCGCUGUACCAGGUGGGCGUCGAGUUUUGCUACGCCGCCGAAACGGCAUUCGUGAGCCCCAUCGUCCUGGCCAAUGGUCUCAGCCACACCUACAUGACGAUGGUGUGGGCAUUCGCGCCGAUGCUUGGCUUCUUUCUCGCCCCGAUGGUGGCCUCGCUUAGCGAUCAAAUCCGGUCCCGCUGGGGAAGACGAAGACCUAUCCUUUUGGCGCUGGCAAGUGCCGUCAUCACGGGUUUGUUGAUUCUUCCUCACGGGAAGACCAUUGGGCUGUUGCUGGGCGAUGAAGACGUACCCGUGGAUCAGAUGUCCGGCUUCCGGUGGGGUAUUCUCGUGACGGUGAUAGCGCUGGUGCUCACCGAUUUCGACGUGGAAACAAGCAGCGGGGUCGCCAGGACGUACUUUAUGGAUGUGUGUGUUUUAGAUGAUCAUACCAGGAUCCUGACAAUGGCAAUGGUCAUCGGAGGGAUAGGUGGUACGGUGGGCUAUCUGCUGGGUGGAGUAAAUUGGCUGCAGACUGAUAUCGGAUCGGCUAUCGGAAGUAACGAAGCUACUGUAUUCGCAGCUGUCGUCAUAGUGCUGCUACUAGGAAUGUUGUCAACAGUGACCAGUUUUCGCGAGGUCUCACUUCCCCAGCUAGAGAAAGAUGAAAUGUUGAGGCCUAUCACAAAGGCUAUGUUUGAAGCGGAGAAGUGUAAGCAACUCUCAGUUUACAACAUAUCAAACGUUGUGAAGAAUGGGGACAAACACGAACCUGCAUCGAUCGCGAUAGAGACAUCGUUAACCGAUCAAGAGUUGACAUUUGUUCACUUUUUUAAAAACUUGCUUCAUAUGCCACGAUCACUUUUGAUAUUAUAUCUGACCCAACUGCUUUCCCAUUUGGGCUUCCUCAGCUACUGUUUGUAUUUCACGGAUUUUGUGGGGAAUGCCGUUUUCGGUGGUGACGUGACGGCACCUGAGGGAUCCUCAGAACUAGCGGUAUACGAGGAAGGGGUUCGAUUUGGAUCACUCGGCAUGGCGCUAUUCACAAUUUCCACAACUAUCUAUUCGAUAUUCAUAGAAAAAAUUACCCUCAAAUUCAGUACGCGAGCCGUUCACAUUGGGGGGCUGUUGAUAUACAGCGCUGGGAUGCUGUUGAUGGCUUUAUUCAACGAAAAAUGGAUGGUGUUCUUGUGCUGCCCUGCGGUGGGCAUCAUGUAUGCUACUAUCUACACCGUUCCAUUCCUUGUAAUCUCUCGCUAUCACGUAAAAAACUCGUUUGCAAUGAAGGACGGAGCAUGCAUCGAGAGCGACCAGAAGCGGGGCUUCGGUGCCGAUGUAUCCAUGUUGAGCAGUAUGCUCUUCCUAGCGCAGCUUAUAGUCGCUUUUGCCAUUGGCAGCGUAAUCGACGCGCUCGGCACCACCACUGUUGUGAUUUACUCAGCCAGCAUAUUCUCGUUUUUCGCCGCGAUUGCUGCAAGCCAGGUGCUACACAUGGAGAAUUAACUUUGGCUACACACAAACGGCGGACAGUGUGAAUGUGACUGAAUAUAAGGCGGUUGAAUGGAACGAAAUAAAACAAUUUUUUGAGCGGUAUCUCAUCGACUGAAAUAUUUCAGAUCGUCUGGUUUUGUUUGCGGGAAAAUCAUGGAACAUCAUAAUUUUUAAUUGUAAUGUGAUAUUUUCUCUGAUUGCACCUAUCUACCUCUGUAUAAGACAAAUAAAUAUUAAACAA